CCUUAGAAUAGAACUUAGAAGAAGAGGAAGAAGAAAGAACAAGGAAAAAGAAAAAGUGCGAGAGAGAAUCUGGGAUCGUAAGAUUUGUUUCGAGAAUUCGAAUUAGAAUAUAACUCAUCUCUGAACCAGAUUUCUUCCUUGAGAAACUCCGAUCGAAUCCGAAAGAUCAGGCAUGUUGCUUGCCGUGCUGAUUGCCAACUCCGUCGGCAACAUUCUCGUCGAACGGUUUCACGGAGUUCCGGCAGAGGAGCGAUUGCAUUGGCGAUCCUUUCUAGUGAAGCUGGGAGCUGAUAAUCUCAAAGGUGCAAAAAAUGAAGAGCUCUAUGUUGCUUCGCACAAGUCUGUAUACGUCGUUUACACAGUCCUUGGUGAUGUUGCGGUUUAUGUUGUUGGGAAGGAUGAAUAUGAUGAAUUAGCUUUGGCAGAAGUGAUCUUUGUAAUAACAUCAUUGAUAAAGGAUGCCUGCGGGAAAGCUCCAACCGAGCGAUUGUUUCUUGACAAAUAUGGAAAGAUUUGUUUGUGUCUUGAUGAAAUUGUCUGGAUGGGCAUCUUGGAGAACACAGAGAAAGACAGGAUCAAGAGGCUGGUAAGGUUGAAGCCUCCAAAUGAGUUUUGAUUUAAUGAGACGGUUGCACAUCCUCUCAGUCAUCCACUUCGACGUUACUGCUUCCACGUGGUUAUCUUCCUGCUUUUCAACUCUUUUACCUGCAAGAUCGUUUCAGCUCUGUGUAAUCAUGGUGAUCGUCGGUAUGUUUACUAUACUUCCUAUUCUAUUUUUUUCGGUUUGUAAGUUAGAACACACGAUUCUAAAAGAAUUCAAGGGAUUGUUUGGAUUAAGAUUUUCAUAGAGGGUAGGAAGCUUGCGAAUACAGACUACAUUGGGAUUAUGAUUGGUUUUGAUAUUCGUCUGAAGAAAUGAUACUUCCUAUUAAGAACUUCCUUGAAA